UUGACGUUCACAAUCUGUUGCAACCCGGUGUUUUCUUUUGCAGCUAGUGAAAAACGUGGUAUCGCACUGCAUCGUACUGCGUAAGCUUGAACAGAAAUCGUGUAAAUUAGAAUAAUCGAACUGAAAUGGCGCUGAAAGCGCUAAAAUGUCGUUCUUCGAAACGCCAGAAAGCAUCCCUGCGGUACAAGGUAAUCAAGAAGAUCGCCGAAAGCAAACGUAAGAAGGCGAAGGAAGCAAAGAAGCUGCCGAAGCUUAAAAGUAAAAAACAGAAGUUGAUCCAAGUGCCGAACAUAUGUCCCUUCAAAAAGGAAGUGAUUGAAGAGGUCGAGGCGUACAAGAAGAUACAGGAAGAACUACGUCAGCAGCAAAAAGAGCGACAAAAAGAGCAGCGACAGGAAGAGUUGCGUUCCAAGACCCUUCAGUCAAUGGUAGCCGAUGCUGAAAAACGACAGGACCAGUUCAGCCCGCAAACAGAAGAGGAUGAUGAGUAUGCAAAUGUUUCUAAAGGAGGAAAGGAAAAUUCGUUGAAAGCAUACUUCAAGGAGUUUAAGAAAGUUGUCGAUGCCGCGGAUGUUGUGCUAGAAGUGGUCGAUGCCCGUGAUCCACUAGGUACCCGAUGCGCAGAGGUGGCAAAGAUUGUCCGUGAGGCACCCGGUCAGAAACGAUUGGUUUUGAUCCUGAACAAGGCUGAUCUUGUACCGCGCGAUAAUUUGGAGCGCUGGAUGAAAUACCUGCGUCGUUCCGGGCCCGUUAUACCGUUCAAGGCAACGACGCAAGCGCAAAAAUCCAAUAUUGGCCACAAGAAAUUUAAAUCCACCAAGUCUCUUGAAUGUUCUCCCUGUAUUGGAGCGGAUUUACUGAAAGAGCUGUUGGCUAACUACUGUCGUAGCGACAGCAUCCGUACCUCCAUUCGCGUCGGAGUGGUAGGGCUGCCGAAUGUAGGCAAAAGUUCAUUAGUUAACUCGUUGAAGCGUAGACGUGCUUGUAUGGUGGGAGCAAAACCAGGUGUCACAAAGCAGAUGCAAGAAGUGCAAAUCGAUUCGCACGUGAAACUUCUCGACAGUCCGGGUAUUGUUUUCCAGCGUCCCAAGGAACAGGACCAGAACAAAUUUUAUGCACUAAAGAAUGCGCAGCGCAUUACGGAAAUCCAGGACCCUUUCCCGCUGGCGAACGACAUUCUGAAGCGUGGCACUAUGAUGUAUUUUUGCAAAUUGUACGACAUCAGUGAGUUCCAUUCCACGGAUGAGUUUCUGGCCAAGAAAGCUAUUCGCAUGGGUGCACUAGCGAAGAAGGGUGUACCGGACGUAAAAAAGGCGGCCAGAUGUCUGAUUGAGGAUUGGAACAUUGGAAAAAUCAAAUAUUGUACACAGCCACCGGAGGAUAAUUCGAACGAAAUACACCUAGAUGCCCAGCUUGUAACGUCCUCGGAAAAUGUGCCCGAGCUUAACCUCGAUCAACAGCUCGAUGAACUAGUGGCGCAGUUGGGUAGUCAGUAUGAGGCAAGUUUUAACAAGAAGGAUGCGGACGGCAUGAAGAUGGCAAUCAAACAAGAGGAUAUUCUCACGAUGGAAGUAGAUACCGGCGGUCCAGUACAUAUGCGCCUUGCAAGAAGCGAUCAGCUGACGCAACUUGCAAAUGAUGGUAAAAUUAUUGAGCAGGACGAUGCCAUGAGUGGCAAAACCGAUGAUGGUAAAAGACGCAAACGAAAGGUUAACGACUACGCAGAGGAAGAAAAACGAUUCCGCAAGGAUCCCAUGUUCCAGCUGGAAGGUAAUCAAAUGUCUAAUCGAAGCAUGAAGCAAGAGAUGAAGAAACGCAAAAAACAAGAGAACAAGCUGAGCAACUCAAGCAAGGAGCAGGAUGAAGAGAAGGAAGCAUACGAUUUCGAUGAUGAUUACAGUAUGGAAGACUAACGCGAACUGUCGCUCAACAAUGGUAAGUUGCUUUUCUUUCAUUGCCCGCUGAAAAGAACCAAGGCGCGCUUAGUACGUUCGCUGCAACCAAUUUGCCUAAUAAUCAAUUUGUGUUAUUUGCAAAUAGAAAAUGUAUUCAAUAAAAUCAAUCAUUUUCAAGGGA